GCGAAACACGGCACAGAGGAUGAGAGUGUAGGAGAUGGCAAUUAAGACCACAUCUGUAAUCACUGUCAUGAUGGGAACACAGAAACCAUACCAGAUGUUAAUGGAGAUAUCAGCACAAGCAAGCCGGGCAACACCUAUGUGUUCACAGACACGUUUGAGAAGCCAGAACUUGGGUGGGCAGGAGCCAGAAGAGUUGUAGCUGCAAUGACUUCAGCAGUACUGGUGGACAUCCAAGAGGAGGUGACCUGCCCCAUCUGCCUGGAGCUCCUGACAGAACCCCUGAGCAUAGACUGUGGCCACAGCUUCUGCCAAGCCUGCAUCGCAGAGGACAGAGAGGAAUCUGUGAUCAACCAAGAAUGGGAGAGCUGCUGUCCUGUGUGCCAGACCAGCUACCAGCCUGGAAGCUUGCGGCCCAAUCGGCACUUAGCCAGUAUAGUGGGGAGGGUCAGGGACGUGGUGUUGGGCCCAGGGAAGGAGCUGAAGGUGACUCUUUGUGCACACCAUGGAGAGAAACUCCAGCUCUUCUGUAAGGAUGAUGGGAAGCUCAUUUGCUGGCUUUGUGAGCGUUCCCAGGAGCACCGUGGUCACCACACAUUCCUCAUGGAGGAGGUCGCCCAGGAGUACCAGGAGAUGUUCCAGGAGUCUCUGAAGAAGUUAAGGAAAGAACAGCAGGAAGCUGAGAAGCUGAAAGCUGUUCUCAAAGAGAAGAGGGCAUCCUGGAAGAAUCAAAUGGAGCCUGAGAGACAGCGGAUCCAGACAGAGUUUAAUCAGCUACGAAGAAUCCUGGACAAAGAGGAGCAGCGGGAGCUUAAAAAGCUGGAAGAGGAAGAGAGGAAGGGACUGAGUGUGAUAGCAGAGGCUGAAGGUCAGCUGGUCCAGCAGAGCCAGUCUCUGAGAGAGCUUAUCUUGGAUCUGGAGCGGCGAUGUCAGGGGUCAACCGUGGACCUGUUGCAGGAUGUGAGUGAUGUCACGAAAAGGAGUGAGUUCUGCACCCUGAGGAAGCCCCAAGCUCUCCCCACCAAGCUGAGAAGUAUGUUUCGAGCCCCAAAUCUGAAAAAGAUGCUGCGAGUGUUUAGAGAGCUGACAGAUGUCCAGAGCUACUGGGUGGACGUGACCCUGGAUCCUCACACAGCUAAUUUAAAUCUCAUCCUGUCUAAAAACAGGAGACAGAUGAGGUUUGUGGGCAGCACACUGUCUGGGCCUUCGUGUCUGGAAGAACAGUAUGACUGUAGUGUCCUGGGCUCCCAGCACUUCUCCUCAGGAAAAUAUUACUGGGAGGUGGAUGUGACCAAGAAGACUGCCUGGAUCCUGGGGGUGUGCAGUCACUCAGUGGAACCUGCAAGCUCUUUCCACCCAGCCAUGAGCCAGCACCACACCUACUCCAGAUACCAACCUCAGAAUGGAUACUGGGUGAUUGGGUUACAGCAUAAGCGUGAAUACAGAGCCUACGAAGAUUCAUCUCCCUCCCUGCUCCUCUCCAUCACAGUGCCCCCUCGCCGUAUCGGGGUUUUCUUAGACUAUGAGGCUGGCACUGUCUCAUUUUAUAAUGUCACGAACCAUGGUUUCCCCAUCUAUACCUUCUCUAAAUACUACUUUCCCACCAACGUUUGUCCAUAUUUUAAUCCUUGCAACUGUGUAGUCCCAAUGACCUUGCGGCGCCCAAACUCUUAAUCCUGUUUGUUCUUCCCACCUGUCUCUAAGUAGUGCUCUUCACCCUGGGAUUCCUCCACACGUGAUUUACUCUGCUUCAGUAUUGUCUUUAUUCAAUGCAAGCAUGCGACACACAGUGGUGAUCAUGAACAUCUUUGAUUAAUUACAGAUCUUGAGAGGGGUAAAGGGAGGGUUCAGCAUUUUAUCACAAAAUAAAGAAUUUGGUGCAGAUUUUUGGUUGAUGUAAUGAGAUCAAAUUUAGGAAAUGCUCUUCUGUUAAUUUGCUAUGAGGUCUUGUACUUAAUGAAAAACUAAAUUCUACAGAUUCUUUUUCUGUUAUUCAGAAAAUUAAUGCCAUGUUUAUUCUGUUGUGGCCAAGUACAUUGGUUUAUUUCAAUUGUUUUAUCUACCACAAAUUCCUGAAGCAGACUCUUACUAUUCGUUUAUGCAACACUUGAUUUGUUUUUGCUAACACAUUGCUUAGGUUUUGUUUUCAUCCGUGCCUUUGAAAACACAUUUGUCUAUAACUUUACAUUCCUGUAAUACCUUUGUCAGGUUUUAUAAAAUGCCAUCAUGAGCAAAGAGAUUGAUGUGUUUUUGUAUAAAUGUAUAAUUCUGAGUAUUAAAAACAAUCCCCUUCACUGUUAAUUUUGGUGGCUUUAAAUUCAGAUUAAAGGAAGAU